AUGAAUAGCAUAGAAGAACCUAUAAUCUCAACCACAGCAACUACAAAUACUACAGCAAAUCAAAGGCAAUCGGACGUCAAAAUACCGAAUUGUGAGACCAGUGGCUGUGAGAAGCAAUCAGUAAAAUAUUGUCUGAAAUGUGUAAAGUAUCUUUGUGAAACACAUGAUUCUGUUCACAAGAAGAUACCGACAAUGAAAUCACACACCAGAGCUGAUUCUGGAAAGGUUGCAGAGUUCAAGUUCAGAUUGGAAUGUCCAGAUCACACCCAAGAUGUCUCGAAUGAUCUAAAGACAAAAUUCAUUUAUAUCUGUCAAAAAACAAAAGGUUUGAAAUUUGGACACAAAUUAGCAGAUGUUUCAAAACAUGGUGAUAAACCAUAUCUUCAAGUUAGUUUUAUAGGUCCUGCAGGUUGUGGAAAGAGUACAAUGAUUAGACUUUUGGCAGAUGAUAAAAUACUUCCAACACCAGCUGUUAAAGGUGCUGUCGAUCCAACUUCCUCUGAUAUUAACGCAUAUCUAUCUCAUCUUGAUGACCAAAAUGAUGCUUUCGUUUAUGUUGACAGUGAAGGGACUGGUGGUUCAAUGUCAAAUACCAUACUACUAAACACCUUGAGCGAAGGAAAAGAACCGGCUCCAGUUGGUGACGAUCCUGAAGAUCCAAAAACUGAAAACGAUGAAAAGAAUAAAUUCCUGUCUGCCAGAGAGCCAUUCGUUUCGAAAUCAUUUCCAAGAUUAUUAUAUUUAUUCUCCGAUGUACUUGUUUUCAUGUUCACCGGUGAAGCUAGAGAACGUCAAACCGUUCUUGAAUCAUUGAUUCUCUAUGGAUCAUCAGCAUCGGCAGCAUCGGUCAAUCAAUCAAUACAUCCUCAUUUGGUAAUUGUUUUCAACAAUUCCAAUACAACCAACAAAGAUGACUUUGAUAUUGACAAGGCCACCGAACAAUAUCUUGACAAUCAAAGUGAGAAUACUCACAAAUUGAAAUGUCUUUACCAAUCGAUAUCCGUAGUUUAUGUUCCGAAUGCCAAUGGAAAAGAUAGUUCCGAUGGUGCAAACCAUUGGUCCUAUAUUAAAGCCAAUGAUCUUUUAGAGAAUGGUGCUAUUGUAGCAUAUAAAUACUAUUGCAAGAGGAUUGCUGGAAUUGAUCCAAGAAUUGGUCAACCAGAUGCUCAAUUUAUUGGUGCAUUCGUGGAUAUUCUUAUUCAAGUUGAAGAGAAACUUCAAGAGUUUAUGCCUUGUUGUUCAACUUUCUACCAUGAACGACUGAAAAAGUAUGUACUUUGUCAGGUGAGAAAGAAGAAUCAUGGGUCCAAACAUGAAACCACCGAGGUUGCAUCACUAGAGUUAUCAAGAGAACAGACUGAUUAUUUAAGGACUGUUGGAAUUAAGAAUGGAAAUAGCAUAAAGAUAUCGUGGAAAGGAGAGUUUGAAAAUACUUUACAGAUUGAAACAUUGGUUGAUAGAUGUGAAAGAGCACUCAGAUCUCCAACAACAUAUUUCAAAACCUUAGAUUGGGAAUCUGGACAUCUUUUCAAAGAUGAGAAAUUCAUGACAAUCUGUAAUGUAUGUCUUUUAGAUUUCCCAAGUGAAGUUCGAAGUGGAUGUGGACAUUACGUUUGUUAUCAAUGUUGUAAAGAAUCACCAUCGGUCUGUCCAAUUUGUAAGAUAGAAUCGAUUUGGGUUGACAGAUCGAUUCCAGAGAAUGCAGCACUUAGAGUUUUAUGUUUGGAAGGUGGACAAACAUUAUUCUCAACUUCACAGAGUACAAUUAUUGACGAAAUUGAAAAGAGAUUAUAUGGAAUACCAAUUUCACGAUUAUUUGAUAUGGUCUCUGGAAUUGGAACUGGUGCUCUGAUUGGAUUGGUUUUCCUCUCUGGAAACAAGAAGCUGUCAACUGUCAUCGAGAUGAUUGAUAAAUUCUCUGACCAUACAAGUAAUCUCACUAAAAUAAUGGCUAUUUUUGAUGAUCCACUUGUCUUUGAACCAAUGACCGAUAUUUUGUUGGAAGGAACAUGCCAGGAGUUUACCGCUUUUCUUCCAGAUGACAAUAUCUUUACAACACCAAUGGAUUGUAAAUUCAUUUGUUCUUCUGUUUCUCACAACUUAAUUAAUCCAAAUAGAGCACAAACCGGAAACUAUAAUGCACCUCAUCAAGAUGUUGCCAAUAGUACUCCUUCCAGACUUGCUACACUAUUUCUGUUAGAUUCUGAUAUACAUGAUACAGAACACCAUCCAAUUAAAUUUACGAUCAGUGAAUGUGAAAGAUAUUGGCGUGUAAACCAAACAGAUAGUUUUAAGGAAUCAAGAAGAAUCGAUUUGGUUGCAUCAAUUGGAAAUGGAUCAAUUAGCAUCACUCCAGAUUCAGAUGCAAAUGAAGAGUGGCAAACAUAUAUUUCAAAAUAUUCACCAUCGAAUUUAAAGAUGUUUAGAAUCGACACCGUUUUACCAGAUAAAAUAUUUACAUGUGGAAAAAAACUAGAACUUAUUACUUCAAUUUCAAAUGAAACCAGAAAUUAUUUGAAUUCCAAUCGAGAAACCAAAGAAGAACUCAAAUUUUUAGUGAACAGUUUGAUUGCUCAAUUAUUUUAUGUCCAAGUGAAUCCGAGAGUGGCAAACACCAAGACAGUAACUGGUAUCAUUCGAUGUCGAUUACCAAACAAUCAAAUUCCAAAUGAAAUCAUAUCACAAAUCCAAUCAUCAUCCAACCCAUUCUCAUUAUCAGAUCACUCUGGUCUUCCUGAUGAUUUCCAAUUCACAUUCAAAUUUGACAACAUCAAAUAUGAACCAACUCUUGGAGAUUCCAUUCUCAAUUGA